UAGGUGACGAAAGAUUUAUUUAUUUCUGUUGAUUGGCUAAUAACAAUAACAACAGCAAGAAUGAGUUGCUUCAAGGAUGGUCACGAUUCGUUGCAAACAACAACGACACGACAACAAUUUGAAUCGGUCGAACGGCCAUUUAUAAUACGUGGCCUAUUGAAGGAUAAAUGGCCAUGUAUACAAUGGACAUUGAAUGAUUGGGCAGAUAAUUGUCACCAUGAAACUAAGUUUAAAUUUCGUGUCCAUCGAAAACAAUCAUCAUCAUCAUCAUCAAAACAAUCAUUUUUUAAUAAUAAAAAAAUCAAAAUUAAUAAUGAAAUUUAUCCAAAUAAAUUGUCAACUAAUGAUGAUAAUUUACCAACUGAAGAAUCAUCAUCAUCAUCAUCCAUUGAUGAUUAUUGGGAAAAUGAAUCUAUCGAUAUGAUUACGGCUACAAUGAGACAAUUUGUUGAUUUUAUUAUGAUGGCAAAAAAUAAUAAAGAUGGAAAUGAAAAAACCAAAUUAGAUUCCGAAAAUCCAUUUCUACCAUAUUCAUUAGAUGAUUAUUGUUUUUAUAGUUCUUAUAAUCAUAUUGAUAAAAUAAUGGAUGAUGAAAGUUAUCGAAAAAUUUCGAAUGCAAUCAAAUGGAAUAAUUUAGGUCUGUGGAAAUCGGAAUCGAAUGAAGAAUUACAUUCGACUAUUUGGAUCGGUACGGCCAAUUCCUGUACACCAUGCCAUCAGGAUACAUAUGGUUAUAAUUUUGUUGGACAAUUAUAUGGAAGAAAACAAUGGAUUCUUUUUCCACCGAAUAAUAUUCGAAAUUUAUAUCCAACACGUAUUCCAUAUGAAGAAUCAUCUAUAUUUAGUCAGAUAAAUUUUCAAAAAAAAAUUAAUCUAGAACAAUAUCCAUUAUUUCAACAAUGUAGGCCAUAUAUAAUCAUUGUUGAAUCGGGUGACCUAUUACAUGUUCCACAUCAUUGGUGGCAUUAUGUUGAAAAUUUAGAUCAUAUAAAUAUAAAUAAUAAUGAUAAUGAUCAGGUAUCUAUUUCGGUUAAUGUUUGGAUUGAUCAUACAGCAAAAACAUUAAUCGAUAAGAAUAUUAUCGUAAAUUAUCGUGAUCAUAUUCAAGAAUGUUUAACACAAUUAUUAUUCAAUUCAUUACAUCAAACUAUUGGUUUAUCCGAUGAAAAAUGGCUCAAUUCAAUGGAUACGAAUCCAUUAUCGUCAAAUGAAUUAAUACAAACAUUAAAUCAUCUAAUUGGUCAACAUCGUGAUGAUAAUUCCAAUGAUGAUUGUUAUAAAUAUCAAAAACCAAUUGAACUUCAAGUAGAAUAUCUAAAUGAAACGGAUAUUGAACAUUUAUCAUCACGUUUAAUGAAAUCGAAAACGUUUGUUAACGAUGAUAACAGAAAAUUGAUAACAUCUAAAGAUAUUGUCAAUAGUAUAUUGGAUCCCGAAGUUAUUAAUAUUUUGAUUGAUAAA